UGUAAACUCUGAAGGAGACAAAGACAAAAUAACCAAACGAAGAAUGAAAAAGAAAUGAGGCAGCAAUGUCGGCGGAAGCAUCUCUUCUUGCUUCUCCUUUACUCUACACCAAUUCAGGAAUCCACUCUGAUUCUUUCUACGCGUCGCUUAUAGAUAGCUCCACUCGUAAAUCUCAGCUGAGACAAAUCCACGCACAUUUACUAGUACUUGGUUUGCAGUUCAGUGGUUUCUUGAUCACCAAACUCAUUCAAGCAAGCUCUUCUUUUGGAGACGUUACUUUCGCACGCCAGGUGUUCGACGGUUUACCUCACCCUCAAAUAUACCCCUGGAAUGCUAUCAUCAGGGGUUAUUCCAGAAACAAUUACUUCCAAGAUGCACUUCUCAUGUAUUCCAAGAUGCAGCUCGCUCGUGUUUCUCCUGAUUCUUUCACUUUCCCUCAUCUUCUUAAAGCUUGCGGCGGUUUGUCUCACCUUCCCGUGGGUCGGCUUGUUCACGCUCAGGUGUUUAGGCUUGGAUUUGAGGAUGAUGUGUUUGUUCAGAACGGUCUUAUUGCCUUGUACGCAAAAUGUAGGCGUUUAGGGUCCGCGAGAACUGUGUUUAAAGGGGUGCCAUUGACUGAGAGAACGAUUGUAUCAUGGACGGCUAUUGUUUCAGCUUAUGCUCAAAACGGUGAGCCUGUGGAAGCUCUUGAGAUUUUUAGUCAGAUGAGGAAGGUGGGUGUGAAGCCAGACUGGGUAUCUCUCGUUAGUGUUCUCAAUGCUUUCACUUGCUUACAGGAUUUGGAGCAAGGGAGAUCUGUUCAUGCUUCUGUUGUGAAGAUGGGUCUUGAAACAGAGCCUGACUUGCUCAUCUCUCUCAACACCAUGUAUGCAAAAUGCGGACAAGUCGCAACUGCUAAAGUUCUGUUUGAUAAGAUGAAGUCACCCAACCUUAUUUUGUGGAACGCAAUGAUCUCUGGCUACGCUAAGAACGGUUAUGCCAAGGAUGCUAUUGAUAUGUUUCAUGAGAUGAUUGAGAAAGAUGUCAGACCCGACACCAUCUCUAUAACAUCUGCCGUUUCAGCUUGCGCUCAAGUUGGUUCUCUUGAGCAGGCUCGCUGGAUGGACGAAUAUGUAGGCAGGACAGACUACAGGGAUGACGUUUUCAUUAGCAGCGCCCUAAUUGAUAUGUUUGCUAAAUGUGGUAGUGUAGAGUGUGCAAGAUCGGUUUUUGACCGAACUCUUGACAGGGAUGUUGUGGUGUGGAGUGCUAUGAUUGUUGGGUAUGGAUUGCACGGGCGGGCAAGAGAAGCAAUCAGUCUGUACCGUAUAAUGGAACGUGAUGGAGUGCAUCCCAAUGACAUCACUUUUCUGGGGCUCCUCAUGGCCUGUAACCACUCAGGCUUGGUAAGAGAAGGCUGGUGGUUCUUCAACAGGAUGACAGAUCACAAAAUAAAUCCACAACAGCAACACUAUGCAUGCGUAAUUGAUCUUCUCGGGCGGGCUGGUCAUAUGGAUCAAGCUUAUGAAGUGAUCAAAUGUAUGCCAGUCCAGCCCGGUGUAACAGUUUGGGGAGCCCUCCUAAGCGCGUGCAAGAAGCAUCGCCAUGUGGAACUGGGAGAAUACGCAGCUCAACAGCUUUUUGCUAUAGAUCCAUCCAACACAGGCCACUACGUGCAGCUCUCAAAUCUAUAUGCUGCAGCUCGUUUGUGGGAGCGUGUUGCAGAGGUGCGGGUGAGAAUGAAGGAGAAAGGAUUGAGCAAAGACGUUGGAUGCAGCUGGGUUGAAGUAAGGGGAAGGUUGGAGGCUUUCCGAGUGGGUGAUAAGUCACAUCCGAGAUACAAAGAGAUAGAGAGACAAGUAGAGUGGAUAGAGAGCAGACUAAAGGAAGGUGGAUUUGUGGCAUACAAGGAUGCUUCAUUGCACGAUCUCAACGAUGAAGAAGCUGAAGAGACUCUGUGCAACCACAGUGAGAGGAUAGCGAUCGCAUAUGGACUCAUAAGUACACCCCAAGGGACAACACUGCGGAUCACAAAGAAUCUAAGAGCGUGUGUGAACUGCCACGCUGCAACAAAGCUUAUCUCAAAGCUUGUAGGCAGAGAGAUUGUCGUGAGAGACACAAAUCGGUUCCAUCAUUUUAAGAAUGGAGUUUGUUCGUGCAAUGAUUAUUGGUAAACAACAGAUAGAGGAGCAAUUUUGGUUUCAUUAUACUAAGACAAGUCAUAAAAGUUGAAAAGCUGACUUAUUUAAUAAUCAAUUUCAAGAUUCUGACCAGAAACACAAUAGAAAUCUGUAAAGUCUAUUAAAAUAAUGAGACGAAAGGAACAUUGUAAGAUAGAACAAAUUACUUCUCCCA